AUGUCUGCCCAGACUCAGGUAUCCGGAAAGAAGCAGCAAGAUCUGCAAACACAAUACUCCAACUUCAAGAAUGUGUUACAACAAAUAGCGCAGAAAAUCGGAGAUAUUGAGCAAGAAGCUGAGGAGCACAAACUCGUCCUGGAGACUCUCGAGCCGCUACCUGAAGAUCGCAAGUGCUUUCGUCUCAUCAAUGGCGUCCUUGUUGAAAGAACAGUCAAGGAUAUCGUCCCCGCGCUGCAGACGAAUCAGGAUGGCCUGAAGAAGGUGCUGGAUGAUCUGGUAAAGAAUUACAAGACGAAACAGGAUGAACUCGAUUCGUGGAAGAAGAAGAACAAUGUCCAGGUUGUGCAGCAAUAG